GAAACGAGUAGUAACAAAAUAAGCGUUCGGUGUUAGAUGUUCAGAAUAGACUGUUUGUCGAUUUAAAUUUAUAUUGUAUAUAUUAUCAUCCCUUGGGAUAAAAAUUGCGUUUCAGUUAAAUCCGAAUUAGAAUCAGUCACGAUUAAGGCCAUGUAGUAGUCCUACCUUUACCGACCGAGCAGACUAAAGAAAUAAACUAAUUCACGGAAAGGGUUUGAAUUUCGGACAUGCGUCGCUCUUUCGUAACGGGGUCCAGGAAAAGAACUCAUAACACGAAAAUCGUUAAAAAAUGUAGGGUUUAUUUUAGCGCUGUCCAGUAAUAUUAGUCUUCAUCCUCAAUGGACUUUUUUUUCUUGUCACGGCUUCCGCAGUUAAUUGCUAUAUUCAUCGCCACAAUCGUGGCUACCUGGUGCCUUCGAUAAUACGAAAGUUCUUUUUUUUUUUGUCGUUCAUUUUAAGUGAUUAACGCAAAUCGGAUGGAAGAGAAAAAACAAUAAAGUUCAUCCAUCCACAUGCGAUUCAAUAUGACACGUGCGAAGACUUCACCCUCUCUUCGUGGUGCGAUUCGAAAUGAAAACGGUGGGCAAUUAAUAGCCUUCGCGUACCAACGUGCCGACGACAUUCCGUUGACACUUUUUCUCCAUAGGCAUCUGCAUCGUCGAUCCGCCAUAAUUUCCUGUGGCGCGUGCCGAAAAUAGACAACGACCCUCUGAGGUCUCGUACCACGCGGGGGGCGCCGUUCAUGCAUUGCGGACUGCGGGACGGAACUGUGAACCAUGGGCGGGGGUGCAGCUGGACCGACGAUCAGGAUGGCGUCGACGGGAACUCACGGAGCCGGGGGUGUCGCUUGUUGCUUUUGCCGAUGCUGCACAUGCAUACACAUCGAAUUCUUGAAGACUUUACCGGGCAUGGUGAAAGUGGCCGAGGCGGUGAUCAGCAGCUUGAUACAAUAUUUGUUGAUUAAUUACGGCCUGAGGUACAGUGCGACAAUUGGUUCGGCGUACGAAAGUGCCUUGACGACUUGUUCCGCCUGCUUUCUAAACUCGGCGGUACUUCUGGCCUGUUACAUCGUGUCCGAAAAAUCGUACAGACUGAUACGCUCGUCCCUCUUCGAGCUGAUGUUUAACGCCCUCGCAUCCUUUCUCUACUUGAGCUCAGCCUCGUACUUGGCAUUUGCUACCAAGAUGUUCCUCUGGGGACAAUAUCUCCUCACACCUGGAUUUGACGUCUAUCCAGCAAUGAGCGCCGCCUACAUGCUUUGCGGGGUAGUCGGCGUCCUGCACGGUGUGGAUGCCUACUAUUCGUACAAACACUACACUGGUAGUUGGUAGCGAGGAGCCUGAUUUCAGCGGUAACAAAUUUUUCCCAUUACACUUACGUGAAAUCAUGCCUGGACAUAAAUUAUUAAUACGUAAACGGUAAUCGAGCUCUCGUAUUAUAUCUAGUCACAAGAAUGAGAUUCUUUUGAGCUUUGGCGAGUAGUCCGCACUCGAAAAUCAGGAAAUUAACAUAUAAUGUAUUAUAGAAAUAACUACGUCUUAAUCAUUCCUAAAGGAUGCAAUUUAUCAAGGUUAUGAGAAUCAUUGCGACGUUUGAUCCAUGGAGGAAGUAUGUAUAAUAUUUAUUCCUUUUCCUCCUCUACCAGUGGAACGUUAAUUUGUGACGUCAGUCUGGUGAUUUCAAUGAUUGAAAACCACGAUCAAAUCGCAUGAUUCCAACAUCGUUUCUCCUUGUAUUGAUAAUUUUACCAAACA